GGCGGCCCCGCAGCCAUGAGCGCGGCCGGGAGCCCCGACGGGGCGGCCGCGGGGCCGGCGCUGCUGCUGGCACUCGGUGCCCUCCUGCUGCUGGCCGGGGCGCGCCGGCGCGGCGGCACCAGGCGGGGGCUGUCGGGCGGCAGGAGCCCCCCGGGACCCUUCCCCUGGCCGCUGGUGGGCAACGUGCUGCAGCUGGGCCGCCUGCCCCACCUGGCCUUCGGGCGCAUGGCGCGGCGCUACGGGGCCGUCUUCCAGCUGCGGCUGGGCCGCCGCCGGGUGCUGGUGCUCAACGGCGAGGCGGCCAUCCGCCGGGCGCUGGUGGGCCUGGGCACCCGCUUUGCCGGCCGCCCCGACUUCCCGUCCUUCGAACUGGUGUCCGGGGGGCGCAGCGUGGCUUUCGGGUCCUGCUCGCCCCGCUGGAGGGCUCGCCGGCGCCUGGCCCACGCCGCCCUGCGCGCCCGCUCGACGGCGGCCGAGGUGGAGCGGCACGUGGCGGCCGAGGCCGGGGACCUCAUCCAGCUCUUCCUCCAGCACAGCCAGGGCGGCGCCUACUUCGAGCCCUCCCCGCUCUUGGUGGUGGCCAACGCCAACGUCCUCUGCGCCCUCUGCUUCGGCCGCCGCUACGGCCACACCAACAGUGAGUUCAGGGCUCUGCUGGGCCGUAACGACCGCUUUGGGCAGACGGUGGGGGCGGGCAGCGUGGUGGACGUGCUGCCUUGGCUCCUGCGCUUCCCCAACCCCGUGCGCCGCGUCUUCCGCGACUUCCAAGCCCUCAACCGGGAGCUGCACAGCUUCGUACGUGCCAAGGUGGCGCAGCACCGCCAGACCUUUGACCCGUGCACCCUGCGUGAUGUGACUGACGUCAUGAUCGCUGCUGUGGAGCGCGGCGACAGGCCCCCGGAGGGGCUGGGACCCGAGGAUGUGGAGGGGGCAAUGACUGACAUCUUCGGUGCGGGGCAGGACACCACAUCCACAGCGCUCUCGUGGGUCCUCCUGCUGCUGCUGAAGCACCCGCGGCUCCAGCGGGACCUCCAGGCUGAGCUGGACCGGGUUGUGGGACACUCCCGGUUGCCCACAGCUGAGGACCGUGCCCACCUGCCCCUCCUGGAGGCCUUCAUCUACGAGACGCUGCGCUACAGCAGCUUUGUGCCCAUCACCAUCCCGCACGCUACCACAGACGACGUGGAGCUUGAGGGCUUCCACAUCCCCAAAGGCACCGUGGUCUUCAUCAACCAGUGGUCGGUCAACCACGACUGCAGCAAGUGGCCUGACCCACAACGCUUCGACCCCACGCGCUUCUUGGAUGUGCAACAGCGCCUGGACCGCGACCGGGCUGGCAGUGUCAUGGUCUUCUCAGCUGGACAGCGGCGCUGCAUCGGCGACCAGCUCUCCAAGCUCCAGCUUUUCCUCUUCACUGCCAUCCUCCUCCACCAGUGCUCCUUCCAUGCCAACCCAGCGGAGCAUCUCACCAUGGACUGCAUCCACGGGCUGGCGCUGAAGCCACGGCCCUUCACCGUCACCGUGCGGCAGAGGCUCCCCACACUCAUCCAGCCCUGAGCAGGUGCUGGGUCCCGGCUGGUGCUGUGCCCCCUCGGUUUGGACCUGGCAGGGCCGGGGUGCAGGGGAAGACCCUGCCUUGCCCGCAGGAGGAUCUUGCCACGGUGCAUCCCUGCCCCUGGUUGUAGGGUGGAGGGCAGAGAGUCCCCACAGCAAUAAAUGCCUUUGACAUGG